AAGAAAAACAGAAGAAGAAAUGUGGGCUCCACUAUGACACAGGCUUUAUUGGAGAAGCAAAAGAAUAGACACACUAAGUGCUCACAAAGUACAAGGUAGAGAUCACAACCCAGAUUAUAGACAGGCACAUGGCAAAGAGCCAUCAGGAGAUGAUUCUGUGGCUCUUUAUCCAACAAGGUGGUGUCAGCUUCAGGAAUCCACCCUUUACUCUGUCAGCCGUUGGUCCCGGAGGGAGGUUAAGGAAGAUGCAGUCCAUCACCAUGGCCGAAGGGAGAGCAAUGGAAGAGCCUGGAUCUUGUUGUUUCUUGGUCCAGAUGAAAUCUGGUGCUGUUACUUCCACUUGGGUGGACACUUCUGCUCGCAUGGUGGACAUGGUGGGCAUGGUGGGCAUGGUGGGCAUGGUGGGCAUGGUGGCCCAGGAGGGCAUUUCUGCUGGCUCACUGGAGGUGGGCAUGGAUGAGGUGGGCAAGGCUCAUGGGACUUCUGUGUGCACACUUUUGGAGGAGGAUGGCAGGGCUCCUUGACCUGAUGGUGAUGCUGCUGAUGCUGAUGUGGAUGAUGGUGGUGAGACAUCCUUCCUGGGUGUCAAAGAA